AUGGCGGGGCGUGGGCGCGCAGUCCAAGCUGCCGGGCGGUCGGCCGGCGUUGGGGACCCGGGACAGCCGCAGGCGCGGAGGCAGCAGCAGUCGCAGGGACAGCAGCGCUCGGCUUCACGGCUCGGACAGCGUAGGAAGGAAAAGAAGAAAGUGAACUGCAAACCGAAGAACCAGGAUGAGCAAGAAAUCCCUUUCCGGCUCCGAGAGAUUAUGAGGAGCCAACAGGAGAUGAAAAAGCCGCUAAGUAACAAGAGGAGAAAGAGGGAUGCCCAGGUGGCUUUCAAGAAGACGUUGGAAAAGGAAGCAAAAGGAGAGGAGCCAGACAUCGCCGUCCCCACGUUCAGGCAAAGGAAGGGGGAGUCCGACGCCGCCUACGUCCAGCGCAUGGAGCAGGAGGCCCAGCACGUGCUGUUUCUUAGCAAGAACCAGGCCAUCCGGCAGCCAGAGGUGCAGGAAGUUCCCAAGAAGGAGAAGUCUGAGCGGAAGAAAGCGUUCCAGAGGCGGCGACUUGAAAAAGCCCAGAAGAAAAAGGAGGCAAGAGCAGUGGAAAGGCUGGAGCAGGAGUUGCUAAAAGAUACUGUGAAGUUCGGAGAAGUUGCGCUGCGGCCCCCAGAGCUGACAGUCCAGCCUAGAAGGAGCACAUGCAGAGAUGCGCCUGGCAAGAAAUCGCUAAUGCUGAAGAUGCUUCUGGGCUCUGGUGGUGUGUCCCCGGCUCCAGCCACUUCACUGGCUCGUCAGCGGAUCCUUGAGGAAGAGCGGGAGCGGGCUGUGCAGGCUUACAGAGCCCUGAAGAAGCUACAGCGACAAGAAGUGACACCUGGACAGCCACCCGGUAGCUCUUCCCCGAGGAAGCUCCAGGCUUGUCUGUGAUGCAGAGACUUUGGGGUCCACUGCCCUGGGAACUGGCCUGGGAGCUGCUAACCUGGGAAGAGAGAGCGGGUGCGCAGAUGGUUGUCCCCGGAAAGGAGCCUUAGUGUAGGCUUUCCAUAUGGAGGCCGGGUGCUUUAAGGAUGAGUGACCAACAGUGGCUCCCGUCUCACACAGGGCAGGCUCCCCAGCACUUGGCUGAGGCACCGCUGGGAGGGCUUGUG